UUUCAUUUAGUCAGAAAUGGUUUUGUCGCAUGCUGGUCACCUGUUUGGUAGUUAAUGGAGAGCAAAGUUCUACUUCAUAUUUGACAAUAUACGUACAGUUCAUGUAAUUGCGAGGGCCAACAGUCAUGUGUUGUACGGUGACGGACAUGGAUACAACAGCUCUGAUCUACAAGGUCCUCUGUGCCCAUGAUGGGUCCUUUGAGCUGGGAGAAUUGCGUGCCAACAUUAGCACCAUAGAAGAUGACCUGGAAAGUGUUUUAGGGAAUCAGGAGAUGUUUACCAGGGCUGUCUCUAAGGGAAACAAACUGAUCGUUGCCCAGACGAAGAUGAGGUUAUGCAGAGCUAAAGGAUGUAGUGUCUGCAGCAAUUUACACCUGUGUAAGUUCUACCUGUUUAGAACAUGUCCAUCCAAUGAGAGACAAGGAUGCCGUCUCUGCCAUGAGCUGACGUCAGAGCAUAACAUCAGAGUCCUGAGAGAGCAUUAUCUGGAAAAACUGGACAGGAAGGAGCUGUGUACAUUACUGCUGCAGAAUGACAACGCCCUUUUACCCCCAGUUUGCUUCACAUACAACAAAGGUAGUGGAGAGUACGGCUACUGUCCUGACAAGGAGAGCUGCAGAAGACUCCACGUCUGUGAGCGCUACAUCAGAGGAACCUGUGCUGCAGAGGUGGACUGUGACAGGUCUCACGACUUCUACGAACCCCACCCGCUCAACACCCUGCAGCAGAGGGGAGUACCUAAUGAACUGGUGGCAUCCAUGUUGUCCACCUACCGCAACAUCCAGGCAAUCAGGGAUACAACUGAUGCUAGUGACAACUCACGUUGCAAAAAAGACUCUGGUAACCGCCUUCUGAAAUCCAAAGCUUUACCCAGUCACUGGGAUAAAUCUUCAGUACCUGAAACUGGAUUCAAGAGGGUUGCUCUGCAGAGUUCCUCAGCUGAGCACAAGAAUAUUCUGGAUCUUUUCCAUCAAACUAUGACUGGCUUCAGUGUGAAGACUAUUGAGAGGGUGCAAAAUCGGAUCCUGUGGGAGGUCUUUUCGUGGCAAGAAGAUGUGAUGAGAAAGACAAACGCAGGGAAGGAGAAUGAGAAGCAGCUGUUCCAUGGAACAGACUCUAAACAUGUGGAUGCUAUAUGCCUGCAGAACAUAGACUGGAGGAUGGGUGGAACACAAGAAACGCCCUAUGGGAAAGGAAGCUACUUCUCUAAGGAUGCCAAGUUCUCCCACAGCUACACCAGCCAUUCAGAAGUCAGGUCCAUGUUUGUUUGUCGUGUGCUGGUGGGAAACUACACACAAGGACACUCCAGCUACCUCUGCCCCCCCUCAAAAGAUGGAAGUCACACCAUCUCCUAUGACAGUUGUGUGGAUGAUAUCUACAACCCCUCUGUAUUUGUGGUGGUCGGGAAGCACCAGGUUUACCCAGAGUACCUUAUUCAGUACAGGGAAGGGUCCAGGCCUGGGACCUAUGUUCCACCACCUAACUUUGUCCAAAACCAGAGCCACCACAACAUGUACUGGCAACUUACUCCAGUCAUGCUACACUCACAAGCCACCCCUGUGCUGCCCAACAAUGCAAGGUUCAGAUCUCCUUGCCCAACAGGACCUGCCUUUUCCCAGCCCACACUCAGUACCCAGCCACUAUUUUCACAUUACUCAAACCCACCCAGGCCUCCCUCCAAUCCCUCUGUUUCAAACCCUUCAAGACAGAGAACCCCCAGACCUACCUUGACACAUGCUUCUGCACAGUUUGGCUCCCUUAACUCCUUGACACAUCCAUCGUUUCAGCCAGGCCUGAUGACUUACGUCUCUCAUCCUCUACCCUGGGUCGGCUCUAUGACCUCCAUACCUCGCGCACCUCCACCCAGGACAAGAUCACAGUUUGCUAAAAUGAAAGCAAAAAGUAAAUCUACGGCAUCACUAGAUAAUCUAUAAUCCUUGGCAGUCUAUUUUUAUAAAAAAUGUAUUUAGAGGGAAAUGACCUUUUAUGUGUAAAUAAAUUGUAUUUAUGGA